GCGAUAUAUAACUAGGGCGUGAGUCGGCCCCGACAAGAUACAUCGUUGAGGCAUCCGAGCCCAAAGGAGCUUCCCAUAGAACAUCUACCAUGAACGGCCCUUCUUCUCAGAAUCUGAAAGCUUUCUUCCCUAAGCCUUCCUUGCCUCCCACAAGUCUCUGCCCGCAGAGGUUCCCUGGCAUCGACGACGACACAACAGAGACGCUGGUGAAGCUUCUGCGCGAGAACCAUGUCAAGUAUCACGUUCUAUAUGGAGAGCGGAAGUUCCACAACCACAUCGCCCAUCGCUUGCUCGCCCUAUGGGCCCUCGGAGCCCAGGGUUCCAUCAUCCAGGCGUACUACGAGACGGACGGAGAGCUCAUGCACAAGUCGCUCAAGUCUCCUGCGGAAAUCACGGAGUCGAACUUUUUCGAACACUUGGGAGAUGUCGACUACUGCUCCUCGUAUUCCGACUUCUUCGCCAAGGAGAUCCAGGUGCAUGGCACUGUUGAGACGCUGGAGAAGUUCGUCUUCUCCGAUGAGUACAAUGUCGACAAGGGGUUCAUGCUCGGCCAGUACUGGGCUGGAGUGCUUCAUCCUAUGAUCCACGUAGGAUACGGUAUGGAGUUUGGUAUCCCGGGUCUCGUCGCCGAGGGUCUCGCCAUGGGAGCAACCAGCGACCUCAUCAACUCCGACAUCCUCGGAAAGUCUUUCUUCAAGAACGUUCCUGCGCCAGAUAACGUCGCGCUCGCCGCCUCCUCGCUCUCGUCUCUCUCCCUCCGCAGUGACCCAUCAUCGGCGCAGGCAAUCCACGGCAACACCGACACGACCGUGUUCGACGUGCUCGCCAGCAUCCUUGCGGACGACCGCCUUGCCACGCACAAGUCCAAGGACCUCUUCACGGAGCUGGAGUUCACUAUGAACGAGCGGGGAUCCCUCGUACGCGAGCGCGCGGACAAGUGGACGAUUGACGUGUCGAAGCCAGGCGAGAUCGAGAGGAAGAUAGAGGAACUGUUCUGGCUUAACACGUUGAUAUACGCUGUAGCUGGGUGGUCGGAGGACAAGGAGUUCAGAGGCGACUUCUUCUACAUGCACCUCGUCACGUCCGCCCUCUUCCUCCCCUCACACGUCGCCUACCUCUCCCCGCGCUCGCAGAUUCUCCUACUCCGGAGCUACCUCACCAUGUCCCUCCUCACGUACAUCUUCCGCGGCCGCCCUCCCGUCGACUCCCCCGCCAUAACCGCCUUCUGGAACGGCACCACCACCGCACACAGCUUAGUCACACCCACCGGCCCGCUCUCCGUCCCGCACACCCCGGUAAGGGCCGUGCCCGCGGACGCAGCACAGAACCCGAACCCGUGGCUCCCGCUCGUGCAGAGCGCGAUCCUGAACGAGAAUGACCACCACGCGAAGAUCGUGCGCGCGCUGCUGCACUGUGCGCAGGUGUACGGAUCGCGCCCGAAAGGGCACUGGGCUGGGAAGGGCGGCUCGGAUGCGAUCGGGGGGCUUGAGGUGCUGGACGGGACGCUGUUCCUCAGGGCGGCGGAGCUGACGGCGUGGUUUGAGAGGGACGAGAAUCAGGAGUGGGGGCCUGGGCAUCAGAGGUGGGCGUUCGAGGGCUUUUAUGGGUAGAGCUUGUGGGCAUUGGCUGUCGGUUGACUGUAGGUUAUUGUGUAUUGUAUCAAUCAAAGCAAUCCUCCACUCAGUUACACUUCCUGGAGCAAACCUCUGUGAUACGGC